UGUUGUUUGCGCUCGUGAAAUGGUAAGACGGAACUUACCGUUUUAAAUCUAUAGGUUUGAUUAAGGAUGUUAUUGACAGUAUAAUGGUUGUUUUCUUUGUGGUUUUAACAAAGACCUCAUUACUGCGCUCGAGAAACACUAAAAUAAACAAAUAAUGAAGGCAGAAUGAUAGCAGAUUCAGUAACGUUAACGUUACUCUUGUUUGUUUCAUCACGAGGGGUUGUGUGGCGUUUAUGCUUUAGCCACAUAAGAAAUACGCGUUUAAACGCCAUGUUGUGAUCAUGGUGCUUGAUUUAAACACACAUCUGUAGAAAAGACCAAGCCAUGGCUGAACAUUACCGCAGAGCUCCACACAGAGAUCAUCAUGAAUCUGUUUAUAAAAGAUCGCGAGAGCCCAGUGACGAUCAAAACCCUCAUAAGCGACACGGAGCUGCUGUGACUCUGGCCACACACAGACAGAUGUAUGAGAGGAACUUCCCCCUGUAUAAACAACCUGUGGAGGUGGGCUGCUUCUCUCUGGACUCUCACAGGAACUUCUUCAAUGAUCACAGACAGAUGAGAUAUUAUGUUCAGCCCAGUAAAUGCCCAGAGUUUAAUUUAAGGGAUGGAUACACUGAUCGUUUCAUUAAAAGAGAUGAUGGAGUGAAAGAGAGACUUGAUCACCUGCUGAAGUGGAUUCUGGCAAACAGGGAUAAGAUCCAAGACCAGACCUCCUCAUCCAGCCGUGUUUUAGGUGUGGACUUUGUGACGUGGAGAGGACACUUAACCAAGGUGCUGACCACCCCAUACGAGACUCAUGAGGGAUGGCUGCUGGCCGCGUCCAAGUUCGGAGGCACCGUCUACAUCAGCGAGGUGGAAACGGAGGCCGCGCGAACAGACCGAGAAAAACGCUCAGAGCGUCAGGAGGAGAUGAUGUACUGGGGUUACAAAUUUGAGCAAUACGCUUGCGCAGAUGACGUGGACGGCACCCCUGACCCUGGAGGAGUGGUGAACACAAACGAGGCGUUUUGCACAGUGGUACAGACGCGUCUAGCCGACCACAAGCUGCUCUUCUCUGGGGAAGUGGACUGUCGGGUUACAGACGCCGAUGCUCCCCCGGCUCCGGCCUGUUAUGUGGAGCUCAAGACCUCGGCAGAGAUCUGCACCCCGAAACAGCGCAGCAACUUCCACAGGUACAAGCUGCUGAAAUGGUGGGCACAGUCGUUUCUUCCUGGAGUGCCACAGAUAGUCGCUGGAUUUCGAGACCAUGAUGGAUUGGUGGUGUCUAUGGAGACAAUCCAAACUUCAAAGAUAUCACAACUGAUCAAGAAUGAGUUUAACUGCUGGAAGCCCACAGUCUGUAUGAACUUCUGCAGCGAUUUCUUGUCCUUUGUCAAAUCAGUCGUCAAAGAAGAUGACCCAAGGUUGGUGUAUCUGUUUACAUGGAAUCCUCAUAGAGACGUGAGCUACACAGUGCACAGAGACUCUCAGUAUAGCUUCAUACCGGAGUGGUACGUGAAAGAACUGACGUCAUCUCACCAUUAAUAUAGUGAUCUUACAGGAGUGUACAAGAAAUCUAUCAAGACUGAAGAUCAAUGUCAUCUGGAUGUAACGCAUAUCUACAGAACUGGUUGGAUGUUUUCUCUCGGAUGGUUAAAUCCAACAGGGACUCAUCUGAGGGAACAAAUGGUUUUGGACAUGUGCACGAUUUUUUGCUUUUGUUCCUGAGAUGCUGCUUUUAUUAAAAUGUACAGUCUCGCUGUAGAAUUGUUUCAGUUAAGAGUGUUACUGUAUAACUUUUAUAAUGAACUUGACAAAAAAAAACAUUUAUAUGUAUCUUUUACAAAAUACGCAAGCAGCAUGAAUCUCUCUAUAAACUUUUAAAGUUAUCUGGCAUGAACCAUUGAUUUAAAUGCAAACAUUAGAUUUGAUAUGUGGUUCAUAUAAAUUUGAACCACAUACCUAUGUUUCAUGAAUGACACCAUAAUAUCAUCUGAAACCCAACACGUUUUUUCAAACCACUUUAAUUAGCAUUGUUCUUGUAAUUCGUGAUUUAAACAUGCUCAAAUUUCACAGUCAUGUAAAUGCCACAUUUAUACAAAUAAAAGUGCAAAAUAUGGGUUACAAAUAAAAGAAACCUAAAGAACA